AUGUUUGCUCGCCUCUUAGUUUGGUUUGAGCUGUUGCAACUUGCAACCAGUUCCUUAGACUGUGGUCAAACAUUACUCAUUCAAAGACAGAGAAUGCAAGAAACAUUUGCGUAUAAAUAUGCCGAGAUUGCAAGCAUGAAGAAAUAUCUCGAUCACAUGUGGAAAACGUUAUCGAGCGGAAAGAAUAAGAAAGAAAGAAUGAAAGAAAUUGAAUUAGAGGCAGUGAUGCCACUGCUUGCUCAUGCUCUCAACCAAGCGUAA